AUGCCCACGCCCUCGGAAGCCCGAGUCUUUCUCGGCCCCGGCGGGCGCGAUAGCCAACCCCACGACCAAACAGAUACCAUAUCUUUCUAUUUCCCAUUCGCAGUAUCUGAUGCGAUAUCUAUUUUUACCAAUAUUGUUGUUCCGGGCCCAGAUCCCUUUUCCGUGAGCGAAGAGAGCCGGCGGGAAGUCUUCUGGCCACUUAUCAAGAGAAUUACGAAUUAUCCCAAAGCGGUAGAACCGGUUUUGGCUAAUGGGAGUAUGGAAAUUGGAGAUCAGGUGGAGGCUUUGAUGGAAAGUCUUGACAAUGCUUUUAACAGCGGUGUGAAAAACGUCUACAUCAACUGCGCUGGCACUCUCGUCGGUGUCUCCCCCAGUCUUAUGCAUCAAUUUCUGGAACUUUCAGAGAAAGUGUUCCAUUUGUGGAAGAACCGAAACGACGCCGCACGACCUGACGAACCCAGUGGCCAAGGGGACAUAAAUAUGCCCCCUGCCCCCUCCUUAGCAACAGCAGCUCAUACUCGGCCUGAAAAAGCUUCUUCCUCCACUCCUGCUCCUUUGCUCUCUCAUCUACCCCCCAGGGCCCGUUCAUCACUUUUAGAACAAAAGCCUCACUUCCAUUCAUCGUCAACCGCGGAGCUAGACAGCCGCCCCAUUCAUUCAGCUGCUGCUCCUUUAGGUAUGGCUUCUUCUUCUAACAAUCCCAAUGGGGGUCAGGAGACUCAUGAGUUCAUCUCUCCAUUCGUUGGAGCUGGAGCUGGAACUGGAGCUGGAGGGGAUCCGGAGACACCAGCUGCCCGUCAAGCUCGUAUCGACGAGCAUACACUUCAGCAACAGUUAUUAGCGUCUCACGCUCAGACACUUGCUGCACAGUCCCAGCAAUCUCAGCAACAGCUCGGACAGGCUGAUCCUGCAUACCAGUCAGCUACCUCUCAAUGGCUUUCUAGUGGUGCCGGGAAGGUCCCUAUUUCUGAAAUCUGGCGAGCGACCAUUUACAGGUUGUACAACGAGCAGAAUGAAUCACUGACCAAGUAUCGACGUCCGAACUGGUUGUUUCAUCUCGAGUCCCACCAGGUUCGAACCAUCGAGGACCUUGGUGGCUGGCGAGAAGACGACGAGUCUACUCGCCAAUUAGCGAACAACCUCAUCACAAAGCUUCAGGAGACUGGCUACGGUACCAAGGGCCUCCAGAGUCGAUUGAAGGCCAUCACUACUGCUGAUGUCAGAGAUGCCAUUCUCAAUGUCGAAAGAGGCGGGCUUGAAAAGUACAAGCCCGGCCCUACCCUUGGCAAGAGAGUCACUCCCAUCAAGUGGUCGCAUGUCAAUCCGUCUGACAUCCCAGGCCAGAAUAUUAUAAUGAUGGAAACCGAUUCCCCGACGAACACCCCUGGCCCCCAGCAGCCAGUUGGGAAUACCCCAGAACUCUCUGGCACAACUAACGAAACUGAAAACACCCUGAAGCGCAGUACAGACAGCUCUGCCCAUCCAAUUCGCAUCAAGAGAAAGCGUACCUCUUCACCCAAUCGUGAGAGCCUCACACUCGUCAUGCCACCUGAUAUCGCAGAUGAGAAGGAAGGAAACCAAAGUGCUCGCAAGGGAGCACCCACUGCACCUACUCCUGCUCCAGUCGCUCCCAUGAUGAGACCUGAUGCUACGCCACAGACCGGAUUUACACCGAUUAAUAUCAAUAGAUCUAUUGUUCCGGCGGUCAGCUCGGUUUCGACUCCAGCACCUAUUGCACCGGCUCCAAUAGCCCCUGCUCCACUCGCUCCGGUGACUGCAGUUAUGGCGACGCCAACUCCAGUUCCAGUUCAUCAUCACAUGAACACUACCGCCACUCCACCUAACCUCGCUACCCCUUCUUCAGCGACCAGGAUGAUGGACAUCAGGGCAUUUGCUGAGACCCCUCAAAGGCCCGCAACACCCUCCUCGACGAUUGACUUGGAAUCCGAGCAGGAUGAUGAUGACUAUGACGCUAGUAUGAUGGAUGAACUUGUCUAUAAACGUUUGCAGUACCUCAAGAGCGGCUUGGAAUCACUUCGACAAGAAUUCGCUGAAUCCAAGCAGUCCCAAGCCGACAACGCUUCGAUCAUUGAGAAGGCUGCUAAGGAAGUCUUCGAUGGUUUUACAAGAGACUUUCAUGAGGACUACCGCAGGGUUAGGAACUUGUCUAAAGAAAACAAGGAGCGUUUCGACAAGUUCGAGGCUAAAUUAGGGUCCAUUGGAAAUGUCGGUAACACCAAGGAAGACUGGGGAAAACUUGAGGCAAAACUUACCGAAGAUGUCAAAAACUUGGUGGUCAACAAAAUAACAGAACACGAUAACCAGCUGGGUAAGCGCAUUGAUGCCCAACGACUCGAAUUUAUCAGUGAGCAAGAAAAGCGUUCCAAUGAAGAAGCCGAGUUUGAACAACGCUUCGCUAAGUUGGAAGAUAAGCUCUCCACGCUCGACAGCGACGUGAAUACUCGUUUUCAAAUGCUUGAGAACCCGGUUCCCGCUCCAGUCAUCACCUCAUCUACCCGUCGUGCAACUCGUAACUCCGUUUCAGCGCCCGCACCGCCUGUUGCUGCUCUCACGACAGAGACCAGGCUUCGCCUCGAUAAGAUCGAAGCGCGCCUUGAGAAGCUAGAAACACAACAACGCAAGGCCAGCAACAACAAUGCUGCCAGCAACCCUGCUGACUUGGAAAGAAUAGCAGCUCUUGAAGACAAGCACAAGGCUCUGGAAGGUAAUCUAAACCAGGUCAUGGAGGCUGUGAGCGGCUUACUCAUCCAGGUCAUGAAGGAGAAGCGUGGCAGUGUUAGCGUCUUUGAUGACAAAAAAAACUGA